CAAGUCUAUUAAUCCGUGUCAUAACUAUUUGGAAUUUUUCUGUAGCUUUCUGUAAUUUUCUUCUUCUCAGCUUCAGAUUGGUUAUUGCAGAUAGCCGCCUCACCCUCCUUCUUUAUCUGCAAUUAUGUCUCUUUAUUUUUCGUUUCUUUGGUUACAUAACAUUUAUAAAAAAAUUAUUAAUGUCACAUUUUUUUGUGUCUCAUGACACAUUCGUUUCGACUGUGCCGUCUCUUGUUAUUAAAUUGUACUAUUUUCGUAUGGCAAAAGGGGCCCGCGUAAAUUUCCGCAUGUCCCCUUCGAGCCGUACGAAAUAUAAUUAAUUAACAAAAAAAAAACACGGAAAGAUGUUAACAAAUUCAGUACGAUCAUCAAGAUCGAAAUUGAGUACUUACGUACGAUGGAAGGCUUUGAUUUGUUUUGGAACGAUUUUUUGGAUAUUAAUGUGUCUUACUGACGAUGUCAGGGAAAGAAGGGUAGAAGAAGAAAUUUUAACACAAACUGGAGUAGAUAAUUUUUUUGAGGAGAAAGAAGUUCUUGUUAAAGAGGAGUAUCUACCACAUUUAGUCCAACUUGAGGAGGAAGAUGACUCAUUGAGUAUUACUCGGGUGAUCUUUUGGAAUUUGGUGGCUUUUUUAUCAACUUUUUGCGCAUGUUUUACAUUAAAAUCACUUACAAGUCAAUCGUACUGGGGCGAGGUUGACACAAAAAUUUUAACCAACCAACUUGUAAUAAGAAAAUGCAGUUCGAGUAGAAUUCCAAUUCCAGUUUCAAGUAAAACUUCAUCAACUGACAUUCACAUUAAUUCAAAUAUAUGCCAGGUGACCCAUGUUGAGCUUUGCAAUAAAAGUUGCCCCAAUUUAUUCAGACUCGAAGAUGUUCAUCAAGAGAAGAAAAAUCUUAAAAGAAAUUGGUCCAUAAAAGUAAUGGAAAAACAUUGCGCUAAACUGCGCGAUGAAAUGAUAAACCUCCAAACAACAUCUUUAAAAGAACACGCUUCAAUAACAAAGCGAUUAGAUCUUUUAUCUCGUGAAAAACGCGAAUUAAGCCGGCAAUUAUCUUUCACCUCAAAAGAAAACACAACAUUAAAGCAACAACUUGAUGAACUGGUUGAAGAAAGAAAUAUGUUAAUUAGACGACUUGAAUCAGCUACAAAAGAACUUAAAGCUAACACGAAAAGUAAAAAAGCUACGAUGGCUAAAUUAGAUGAAAGCAUGUCGAGUGCUGAAAAUUUCAAAACAAACCUUGAACAAAUCACUCGUGAUAAAGAAAUCUUAGAAGAUAAAUUAAUGAUUUUGGACGCCGAGUAUAAAAGAGUACAAGAAGAAUUAGCUUUUUAUAAAGAUAAAGAGAAAAGAAAUGACAAAGUUAAAGAUGAUGGAAGAAAUGAAUUGAAAUGCCUUAAUAAAGAACAUGUGAUCGAUGUUUACGAGAUGUCUGAUGAUAAUCGAACCGUUGCAAGUAGAGAAGCUGGUGAUAUGGAUGAGGAAAACGAAAAAAAUCGCAAAAUCAAAAUGAUGGAAGAUAAGGAUUUUGAUGUAACCCGACCUGAAAAAGAUAUGAUUAAAGUCCAACAGAAAUUAAUUACAUUGGAAAGAAGUCUUGAAAAUUUUAAAGUUAGAGAUGGUGUUAUAAAUCGACAAGAAAAAUUUGAUCUUUACCCAGUUAAUGAAAACGAAAUUUUUUUAGAUACAAGAAAUCGUCUUUUUCUUCCUCAACAACCCUUCUUUAAACUAGAUUCCCAAAAGCAUUGUCAGCCAACAGCGACUUCUUCGUCAUCUCCCUCUCUGCCAGCUCCAAAAUCUUCUCAUUCAUCAUGCCAAAGUAAUUGUUCUGAAGAGCAAUGUCAGUUGGAUCAUAAAGAUUGUCUCGAUCCGGAAUGUCACCGGCAUCAUCGCCGAAGACGUCGCGAUCCAACUCUAAUACCUGGUCAAAAUAUAAUCUGUACUGAACCAAAAUGCACUUUGGAACAUCGUGAAUGUGGAAAUGCGGAGUGUUUUUUACAAAGGCACUCGUAUUCCAGUGGAGCAGUUGGUUCUAUACCACCAAAUAAUAGUACUAAUAAAGGAAAUGAAACGGCUUCUUCUAGCGAAUCAAGUUUGUGCCAAGUCGUAGGAAAAGAACCGAUGAUGAUGCUGAGUCAAAAACCGAUAAGAUAUUUAAAAACGACCGUUUCUGAUGAUCGUUUAUCAGCGAUUAGCGAAAAACUGGCGAAUAUCGGCGAUGAUUCCGGUGAUGAAUUUGAACCAAAACGAAAAAUCUUUACGAAUACACCUGAAUUUCAAAAGUUGUUGAAAGAAAUUUUGGAUCCGCAAAGGAGCAGUGAUGAGGCUGUACGGGAAACUGAAGAUUCUGAAUUUGUUUACUAAAAAAAUUGAAAAUUUUCGAAAAUUCGAUUAUAAAGCGCGGUUUUUAUAAGGAAAAUUAAAUAGUUGUUUUUUA